AAUCCCGGCUCGGCGUGCCAGCUCGGUCACUCCCAGUGGCUGCACGCCUUUGCUGGGGAAACGUGUUUUCUCGGGAGCCACAGAGUGGAGUAACCUCUGCCCCGUGUGAUCCGGCGAGAAAUCACCCCCUGGCCGGGGCUCAAACAAAACACGGGAUUAACUUUGCCCUGUGCUGAUUUGUGGCCGUUCAGAGUCGGUGAGAGCUGCUCUCCCCGGCCCCAGAGCGGAGCCUGCAGCCAUGGGGGCCAAGCUGCUCUGCCUCUGCCUCCUGCCAGCCCUGCUCGCCUACUACAUCUACACCCCCCUGCCCGCGGACCUGGCCGAGCCCUGGACCGUGAUGUUCGCCUCUGCCCCUUUCAGGGCCGUGGGGCACCUGGCCACAGCUCUGGAUCUGCUGGGGCUGAUGCACUACAUGGAGGGCAUGAGGCUGAUCACAGUUCUGGAGACCGUCAUGGUCACAUCCGAUGAGGACGUCACUGUGACACACACCGAGUUCAACAACGUCCCCGUGCUCCUGUACCUGCCCAAGAGGGCACCUGAGGGGCUGAGGAGGGCCAUGGUCUACUUCCACGGCGGGGGGUGGUGCCUGGGGGACGCAGGCAUGAAACCCUACGAUCACAUGGCACGGCGGGUUUCAAACGAGCUCGAUGCUGUUGUGGUGUCAGUCAACUACAGGCUGGCCCCUGAGCACCCUUUCCCGGUGCCGUUUGAGGAUGUGUACGCAGUGACCAAGUUCUUCCUGCAGAGCAGGGUCCUGUCCCAGUACGGGGUGGACCCCACACGGGUCUGUGUCGCAGGGGACAGCGCUGGGGGCAACCUGGCUGCGGCUGUGGCACAGCAGCUGUUGCAGGACCCUGAAGUCAAAACCAAGCUCAAAGCCCAGGUUCUGCUCUACCCUGCCCUGCAGGCCCUGGACCUGGACCUGCCGUCCUACCGAGACAACGCCGACAAGCCCCUCCUGUCCGGGCCGCUCAUGGUCAGGUUCUGGAGCGAGUAUUUCACGUCAGACCCCGCUCUGAGGGAGGCCAUGGCCUCCAACAGGCACGUCCCUGCCGAGGCAGGUCACCUGUUCCAGUUUGUGAACUGGAGCCGGCUGCUGCCCGCGGGGAUGCGCAGGGGGCACGAGUACGUGACCCCCUCGCCGGGCAGCGCGGAGCUGGCACAGCGGUACCCCGGGUUCCUGGACCCCCGGGCAUCCCCGCUGCUGGUCAGCGAUGCCCUGCUGCGCCAGCUGCCCCCCACCUACAUCCUGACCUGCGAGCACGACGUGCUGCGGGACGACGGGGUGAUGUACGCGCGGCGGCUCCGCGACGCGGGGGUGAGCGUCACCCACGACCACGCGCAGGACGCCUUCCACGGGGCCCUCAUGUUCGUCUCGUGGCCCUUCGAGCUGGCCGUGGGCCACCGGCUCUUCGACAGAUUCCUGGGGUGGUUGAACGAGAACCUCUGAGCCUCCCCACGCCCUG